GGGGAAAAACAAGGACCCCCUUCUUCGUAUCUGGUCUCAUCAUCGACGAGAAAAGACCAACUUUAUCGGAGCCCUAAAUUUUCUCAUCUCUUCAAUCCGCUCUCUCUCCUUCAAAAUCAUGGCUAACGCAGCAUCAGGGAUGGCUGUGCAUGAUGAUUGCAAGCUGAAGUUUUUAGAGUUGAAGGCAAAAAGAACUCACCGGUUCAUCAUCUAUAAGAUUGAAGAGAAGCAAAAGCAAGUUGUUGUGGAAAAGCUUGGUGAACCAACUGAAAGCUAUGAGGAUUUCACUGCAGGCCUCCCUGCUGAUGAGUGUCGAUAUGCUGUCUACGACUUUGAUUUCACGACUGAAGAAAACGUCCAGAAGAGCAGAAUAUUCUUCAUUGCUUGGUCACCUGACACGGCAAGAGUGAGAAGCAAGAUGAUUUAUGCAAGCUCCAAAGACAGGUUCAAGAGAGAGCUUGACGGUUUCCAGGUAGAGCUGCAAGCAACUGAUCCUACAGAGAUGGGGCUUGAUGUUUUCAGAAGCCGAGUUGGUGGAAUUGAAUGUUGAGUGCACGAGUUUCUUGCUUAAGCUAAGUGAUUAUAGUUUGUGGGAAGUAGAACGUGGUUAGUUAUACUAUUGGCUUGUCGUUCGCGUUCGUCUUACUCUUUUAAGUCUCUUCUUCUCAGAGAACUUCCAAUACUCUUUAAUAUGUCAUAUUGUUACUCAUGAAGUCAAGGAGCUACUUUGUUAUUUUGAGUUUUAGUUCAUCUUGCUCCUUUUAACUUCUCAGUGAACUUCAGUAAUCUUUUAUAUAUGUUUGUUACUCAUGAAAUCAAGGAACAUCUUCUCAUUUUGUGCA